AUGUGCUUCCCGAACCGCAAGACACCCAUCGGCAACGCCAUCGACCUCUACCUUCGGAGGCAGCUGGAGCUGUCGGAUGAGGCCGUGCACCGCCUCUUCAGCGCCAACCGCUGGGAGAUGGCCCAGGCCAUCGUUGAGGACCUUCGCUCGGGAACGACGAUCGUGUGCGACCGCUAUGCCUUCUCCGGCGUGGCGUACUCCGCCGCCAAAGGGCUGGACUUCACGUGGUGCCAGUCCCCGGAUCGCGGGCUGCCGUGCCCGGAUGGCAUCUUCUUCCUGCACAUCGACGAGAAGGUGGGCGCCUCGCGCUCGAACUUCGGGGACGAGCGCUACGAGAACGCGCAGAUGCAGGCCAGAGUACGCACGCAGUUCAAAGACCGGCGCCUCCGCGACAGCGUCAAUUGGCGUGAUGUCGAUGGAGCACGGGACAUCGAGGAGAUCCACGCGGAAAUCCGGAAUGCAGUCGAGCCCAUCAGACUGGAGGAUCAGGAGAACCGCCAGCGCCCGAUCAAGCGCCUUUGGGUGAGCUGA